GGUUCCCAUGUUAAAUUAUUUAAUCUGCAGCCAAUAGGAGAGUAUAGAAAAAAAAAGACUGCGUUUCAACUCAGCCAAUAAGCACAUAGAUCGAUGUCACGUGUCCAAUGCGGGAUCGUAUGGAACUGGAGGUUGCUACUAUUAGCAACUAUCCAAUGAGCAUCUGACACAUUUAAAACACGAGAAACCUGCAGUCACCAUGGUAUCGGCGUCCUGAAAGCCGUUUCCGGCGGAAGAAAGGAUAUGGUGUGGACGGAGGGAGGAAGAGCGAAGAAAUUGCAGAAAUCCAUCGAUUAACACGUGACCUCGGGGCAUGUGAAGUAAGAAUGAGGUCAUACAGAAAACUGGGAAGGUGGAGAACAGAAUUAACUGACUUCCCGAGAAGCAAAGCAGGAAGGAGAGGGGUAGUUCAACUCAUUUGUGAAGGAAGCACUGAUUACAGAGGAAGUAUAAUAACACAUUUCUAGGAAAGGAAAGAGACAAAAAAAGUGCAGAGAAGAAUCAUAGUUUGAAAUGUGCUAGCUGUGAGAUCGGCAAAAGAAGACUAGAAGUCACUUGGAGAGCAACAGGUGCCUAGAUGUAACUUUUAUUCCAGGUAUCAUAUUUAUCUGCUAAUCCUGCUGGAUGAUCCAUUUAAUGGCCGCGGUGGUCUCUUGCUUUGGCCUGCAUCUCUUUAAUUGAAAAAAACAAGAACCUUGACCUGUUUUCUUUUCAGCUUCAGAAGUGCAAUACUUAAGUCUCUAAACCCCCAAUCACUUUCCAUACUGGAUCAGGGACCCCCCAGGGGAAUGCCGCGCAAGGUCAGCGUGGCGGCCUGGGGGGCAGCCCUCUUUAUCUCAUGGAAUGCUAUUCUACUCCUCUACCUCAUGAGCAGGUCUCGUGGCACUGAUCAUUCUGAUCUUACUGCUCAUGUUAUCCAGUUGGCUGAAGAAGCAGAAGCUGAACUUGAAAAACAGAAGGGAUUACUUCAACAAAUACACUAUUAUAGUGGCCUACUUAACCAUCAGCAGCCUCCUUCACAUGUAAGGCCUGAACCUAUAACACCUAAUAUGUCAUUCCCUUCUCCAUCUCCUGUGGGAUCUGGUCCUCUCCCUUUGGUUAUUCCAAUACUAGUGGUGGCAUGUGACCGCCCCUCUGUGAGGAGAUGCCUGGAUUCAUUGUUAAAAUACCGACCCUCGGCAGAAAAUUUUCCCAUUAUAGUGAGCCAAGACUGUGGUCAUGAGGAGACUUCAAAGAUCAUAGACUCCUAUGGAGAUGCCGUAACUCAUAUCAAACAACCUGAUCUCUCGGAGGUGGCUGUCCCACCAGAACACCGGAAGUUUCAAGGCUAUUAUAAAAUUUCCCGCCAUUACAGGUGGGCACUCAACCAGAUUUUCAAAACCAUGGGUUACAAAGCAGCCAUUGUGGUCGAAGAUGACCUGGAGGUGGCUCCAGAUUUUUAUGAGUAUUUUCAGACAACUAUCUCCCUUCUGCAAAAGGACCGUAUGCUAUGGUGUGUCUCAGCCUGGAAUGACAAUGGCAAGGAAGCUUUGAUUGAUCCUGGGGGUAGUUCCCUUCUUUACCGCUCAGACUUCUUUCCUGGACUUGGCUGGUUGCUACUCCAGGAGCUGUGGGAGGAGCUUGAACCUAAAUGGCCCUCAGCAUUCUGGGAUGACUGGGUUAGGCGUCCUGAACAAAGGUUGGGUAGAGCUUGUGUAAGACCAGAGCUGUCUCGCACACGGACCUUUGGGAGAAAAGGUGUUAGCCAAGGACAAUUUUUUGAUCAGCACCUACGAUUCAUCAAACUUAAUCAGGACCCAGUGGCCUUCACUAAGAUGGACCUCUCCUACCUUUUGAAAGAUACUUAUGAUCCUUGGUUCCGUAAGCAGGUUUAUGGGGCACCCAAAGCCCGGGCAGAGGAGGUGCUACACGGGCAAGUGCCCGGGGGCAGGACGGUAAGAGUGGAGUAUACAACUAAAGACACUUUUAAGGCUAUGGCCAGGGCCUUUGGCGUGAUGGAGGACUUAAAGUCUGGGGUGGCGAGAGCGGCUUACAAAGGAGUUGUGUCCUUUACUCACAGAGGGAGAAGGGUGUUCUUGGCUCCUCCCAAAGACUGGGCAGGCUAUGACCCAUCGUGGACCUAAAUGGAUCUCUUUUUUUCCAAAUAGUGGGGACGAGACUUUAUUUUAAUAAGCAAAGCAAGGGUAAUUAUAUGGAGAAAUAAGGAGUAAUUAUGGCUUUUAUACAAAAGAAAUUUUGUUCCAAUGGUGCUGUAUUAAGUAUUGUCUAAAAACAGAGAUAAGCACUCAAAACAAAAAUGAUAAAGUAAUAGAGCUUUUCUUUGUAAGAGAUCUUAGGACACCAAAAUAUGUGCUAGCAACAUUGAAUGAUUUCAGCCAAAAUUUUUUUUGCAGCAGAAGGCUUUUCCCCGUUUUAAUGGUAUUGCCUAAAUAAAGUGACCUUUAUUGCCACACUGAGUUUGUGUCUUCUCCUCCAGCUAAAAGGUCUUUAUACGGAAUGGCUGUCUUGUUGUUUAUGAUGUGUUGAAAAGUUAUAUAAUGUAUGUGCUGACCAUGUAUCUGUUUACAUGCCACGCUAUAUGAUUGUGCUCCCUGGGGUAGCAUUUAUAGUUCAUCCUAUGCAAUUUGUAAGUUCACAUCUUGUAUUUGCACAUUCUGCUAUGGAAUAAAUGUAAUCAUGAAGAACUGGCCAUGGGUACUGUCUGCCUGAGUGUGCAAUCCUAUCCUGAAUUUCUGUGGUUAGUUCUCCAGGUGCAGUUUCUGCAGUCCUGUUUAGUGAUCUGAAUUGCAGGUCAUAUAUCACUCCAGAGGCUACAGAGUGCCUCCCUGAAUACAGAAUAUUUGGUUCACAUAAGGACUGUUCAUUUUUAUGUAUCUUUUAAUGUAAAGCCCGCUUACAUGUGCAGUGUGGAAAACAUAUGUGCCAAAAAGAUGGUGAUGUCCGUUCGACAAAUAUACUUACUUUACUAUAUACUAUACUUCUUUUUGGCUGGUUACCCUGGAAACUGCCUUAAAGUGGACCCAUCACUUAGACAUAAAAAGCUGUAUAAUAAAAGUCCUUUUCAAAUUAAA